AUGAAGUCGAACAAAAUCUCCGUUGAGAUAAAUGUCGUCAAACCAGAGGAUGUGGCCCCGAUUGCAGAGCCACUUCCUCUCCCAGACCCAGUGCCAGUCCCGAUUCCGGAGCCAGUGCCAAUUCCGGCUCCAGUUCCUCCUCCAACUUUGCCAAAUCCCUACCCAGAGCAUCAACAACCAGCUUAUCCUCAAACACAACCGUAUCCUCAGCCACCGCCUCCUCCUCCCCAAUAUCAUCCCGUUGCGCCACCUCAAUAUCAUCCGCAGCCAGUAGCUCUACCUCCAACAGUAAUCAUCGUUGCUCCACCAGCCGCUCCAGCACCUCCAGUAGAAGAAAAGAAAGAAGAAGAGCCGGAACCAGAACCAGAGGAGCAAGAGAUAUGCGAAGAGGAAGAGGAGCCAGAAGAGGAAGAAAACGAAGAAGAUCUUGAAAAAUGUGAAGAAGAAAGCGAGCACGAAAUUGAAGCAGUAGGCUUCGACGAGGUAUCAAGACGCUCCUUCACCAUGAAAGUGCUCAUGUCAGUCUUUCUCAUGAUGACAGUCAUGAUGGGCUUCACUUUUCUUUUCCUCUUCGACUACAACAUUGCCUACAACAUCUACUACUACCAAAAAUGGAUGUACUACUUCUUCAUUCCGCUCAUGCCAGUCGUUGGUGGAGUAAUCUAUCUAUCAGACACGUUAACCAAACAACGUCCCUGUAAUAUCAUCACAUUACUUACCUGGACAACAAUUAUGUCACUUGCUUAUGCGGUCGCUGCGAAUCUUUGGGCACUUGGUGGCUAUAUAAAAGUAAACGGAAAGAAAGUCUAUUGCCACAAGGAGAUCAGAAAGCAAGAGAAGUACGCGUGUUGGGGACAGCCCCUUGGUUCAUGCACCCUUGCUGACAGAUGCGUUGGUCGAGCCGCCGGAAGUAUGCUCGUUGCUAUUUUAAUCAUUUUGGUGGUCAUUGGUAUCGGAUUGCUUCUCACACUCUGCAAGAGAGACCCACUGAAGGCACAAAAACGAGUAGCGAUAAUCUUCUGCAUCCUGCUCUUUCCUUGCACUUUUAUCGGAAUGUGGAUCAUGCCCCUGGAGUGGUACUGCUGUUUCCUCUGUGCUUUCAUCGUUUUUACAAUCGUUAUUCUCCUAUGGAAGACGCUUAAUGAUAUCGUAAACGAUGGAGAAGAAUCAUGGCAUCCCGACGAAUGGGUCCGAGCUAGUCUAGUACUAUUCACUCAAAUUGGAGAGCUCUUCUUAAAACUGAUAGAAUGCAUAAAAUGCAUUCGAGCAGCGAAAGACCUUGCGGAUUAA